GAAGAGUUGAAGGGAGAACCAGCAUCCAGUACCAUCAUCACCGCACGGACGCUCUCUAACGAGAUUUCGUCUCCUAUGGCUAGCGAGCAGCUGAUAAUGGAGGCCGACCAAGCCUUUCUUCCCCACGAUAUGGUCAUUACCAUCCUCGAAAGACUUCCAGUGAAAUCCCUAAUCCGCUUUCGAAUCGUAGGCAAAAAUUGGGAAAAACUCAUCAAGACUCCAUCCUUCAUCCGAGACCAGCUCCACCAGUCCAGCCAUCAAAACCAUUUACUUCUCCUCAAAUGGCACCGUGCUGGGUCCGCGCAAAUGCAGGUUGGUUUUCUGGAUCGCGACAUGCAAGUCCUUGAAGUUCAAAAAUCACCUUUGGCCAAUUGGAAUUUUGCUUGGAUCGUUGGUUCCAGCAACGGCUUGCUCUGCGUCGUGGAGAAAGGUGUUUCUGAUGCCCUUUUAUUGUGGAACCCAGCGAUUAGAAAGGUCAGAAAGGUGUGUCUUGAAACUAGUGCGACUGAUUAUUUUUUCGGAUUUGGGUUCAGUCCAAAUGAUAAUGAUUACAAGAUUGUGAGAAUUAAAGUUCUUGAUUAUCAAAUUGUGCCUAAGCGAAUGAAAGUGUAUUCACUGAACUCUGAGUCAUGGAAGAAAGUUGAAGUUGCGAACUUGGAGGGCUUUAGAGUUCGUAGUUCUAGAAAUGUCACUGUUAAUGGAGUUGUGUUUUGGAUUGGUGGAAAGCAGGGUGGGAAUGAUUAUGAUCAGAUACUUUCAUAUGACCUAUCAAAAGAAGAGUUCACAGUAAUACCAAUGCCUAUAUUAAACUCUUAUGAUGAGAAAAGGCUUAUUGUUUAUGAGAACAAAGUUGCUGUGGUUGCUUGCAUUAAAGGAGAGGAUAAAUUAUAUUCCAUUCAUUUGUGGGUGAGGGAGGAGGAUACAUUUGAAUCCAGGCAGGAUUGUAAGAAAUGGAGUUGGACUAAAAGAUAUACUAGUUGCCCUUGUCCAUGCAAGUUAAAACCAGUGAGUAUGUGGAAGAAUGAGAUUGUCUUCCUACCUUUUGAUACUGGGAAUGAUGGUCAAACACCAAUUUUGUAUUUGCUCAAUAUCACUACUGAUGUGUUUAAGAAGCUUGCUGUUGGAUCUAACUCCUACAACAUUGAGCUUUUCAAUUAUGUGGAAGGUCUUGCAUUACUUGCCCACGACAACGUUGAAAAGCUUUGAUCCUGAAUUUUGAUUGUUACAUUGAAUAUUUGCUCUAUUUAAACACUUUUGGUGGAAAUGAAUCUAUCGUAGCUUAUCUCAUUUGGGUAUUUAUGGUUGUUAAAUCCUUAAUGCUUUUUGCUGGUCGGCUUCAUUAUUACAAAGUGCUGCCCUGGGAAAGGGCGGGGGUUAAUUCGCUGGAAUGAAGGUGAAGGACUACAAGGAUUUGCUAUCCAGCUGGAGGAGUGUGAUGCACAUAUAACCGAAGCGUGGGGGAUCUAUGAAGGACUUAAUAUUUGCUGGCAAAUGGGCUUUAGAAAGAUCAUUGUUGAAUGUGAUGCUGCAG